AUGGAUGAUGUCUGUAAAGAAUAUAGAAGAAACAAGCCUCAACAAAAGUUCUAUAAACCUGGCAGUGGUCCUUUGAGACGUUCAAGUUAUGGUUUAGAUGAUAAAGAGCAUUACGGAUCUCAAAAUUCUGUGAAUGGUGACUCUUUAUGUGAUACUCAAAGUAAGGAACAAUUUAAUGGUCGCCAUAAGAAACCUGAAAAACAGUUAUAUGUACCUAGGUCAGGGGAUUCAUGUCCUGAUGUUGAAAGACAAACAAAAACAUUUAUAAGGUCUGAUAAUUCUAGUCAGUUCAACAACCGAAAAAUGUCAAGUAGACAAGAAAAAUCUAGUGUCAGUGGUGGUACAGGGUCCUAUUCUAGAGGUGCUUCAAGAAAAGAUAGAUCUUAUGGUGACCAUCAGUACAAGGAUGUAACUCAUAAUGAUAUUAAUUAUAAUAAUAGACAAUACAGACAAGCCUCGGAGACAAGAUCUAUUUCUCCUACAAGUAUCCAAGAAAAGAGUGGUGCAGAGAGAAGUAGAGACAGUAGAAGUAUGGAGACAUCAGCAGGACGACAUAUGUCUGUGACUGGAGGGAAACCACCAUCAGGGCGUAGGAAUUCUGCUGGAUAUAGUUCAGAUUCCUCAAGACCAAAGUUCAUGGUCAACUUGGACAAUUUACCACCACGAUUUAGAAAAAAAUACUUGGAACAAUCAGGUCACCAUAGUUAUGAUAGUGUUGAUCAAAUUCAUAAUGACAGACAGCCCUCAAAUUGUUCUGCUCAGCCUAAUUAUAAUCAAAGUCAAUUUUAUAACUCUAGUUUGAAUUGGUCUCAAACAUUGCCAUCAAGAGGCCGUGGAAGAUUACGUGACAAUGAGGGAUUUGAUAGAGAGAAAUUUAUUAACAAUUAUUUGAAAUAUAAUGAUGUACACAAUUCUAGAAGAUCAACUCCUAGUAGUUCAUAUAUGAAUUUAUAUGAACCCAACACAUUAGACACCAGAAGUGAGAAAGCAGAUCCAAUGUCAAGUAGUAUUGAGAGUCAAAAUGAUUUCUACAAUAACUCACCCAAAAAUGGAUUAUCCAAUGAUGUCUCCUAUGACCAUGCCGAUACCCAAAAUCCAAAUGAAUGUCAACAGGCAAAUGAAACGAUUUCUCAAAUUACUACAAGUCUUUUGGAUAUGACAAACUUAGAUUGGACUGAAGAAGUGGAGAAAAAUAUAAAGUUGGAUGAAGUUUCUGACACCUCCACUAGCUUUUCACAAAGCACGAAACCUAUAGUAUCCCAAGAAAAUAAGCCAAUAGAACCUCGAGAAUCAAAAAGGAAUGGACGAUCUAGGCGAAGAGAUAAAAGAAGUUCUAGUAGAGGCCAUAAAAACCCCGAAAAGAAAACAGAGCGUAACCGAAAAGAUAGUAAUGCAAGUAUUCAAUAUGAACCAGAAAGAAAUAGAAAAGAUAGUAAUGUUAGUGUCCAACAUGAAGCUAAAUUUUCCAAUCUGAAGCAGAGAGACAGAGAAAGAAGAGAUAGCCACCGAAGUAACCGCUCAUCAACUAUAGGAAACAGUAGAGAUGAUUUAGAUCGUUGGCGCUCAUUGAGGUCUUACAGCAGAGAGGCGAGUGCUGAAGGGAGAAUUGUAUCACAGUGUAAUAGUAGAGACACAUCAGCUAAUCGUGCAAUGAGUCCAAGAGAUAGUGAUGGUUUUCGCGUACCAUCUACUUUUACAAAGUCAUCAUCAAAUAACCAGAAACGUAGCAAUGGCGUAUGGGGUCCAGGACAUGCGUCGAGUUUAGAACCGGGCCGACAUUCACCCGGACCGAAUAUGCAAACGGGCGGUGGCGGUGGGGACGCAGGGGAGGGGGGAAAUGUAGAAAUGACGAGCAGUGAAGGUUGCGGUAGGCGCCCAAGAAAACGAGCUGGUCGCCGCCGUGGAAGGAACUCGGAUGCCGCUCCGCCAGCGCAUAAUUCUGCUUCACUUCAUUCUUCAUCGCAUCAACAUCAAGCGCCCGCGCAUCAUGCUCCGACGCAUCAUGUUCCGUCGCAUCAUGCGCCCACGCAUCAUCCUCCCGCACACAACACAUGCGCCUCCACGCCCGGUACAUUAAACUGGCGCGAGGAAAUUCUCGAGUCGAAAAAGCAUAACCCUCAUGACCCAUUGUCUGAAACCAAUCAUCGCACUAGGAAGAACAGCACGAUGUCAGACAAGUCCCUGACAGAGACAUCAACAAAUCAACCGGGACUACUUGUGCUACCACAAAGUUCUAUAUCGCACAUGCAGAAAGAUACUGGCCGUACUGGUUCCACAGAGACACAAAAAACUUUGUUCGAUCAUCACAACCCAUCAAAGCCUAUUAUUGUCCAAACUAGUCCAACGAAAGUGGACAUUAGAAUGGAGAGAGGUAUAAAGGAGGCGUCGUCUCGUAUCGCGUCCGGCUACGAAGCCGGAGACGCGGCGCGUGCGGCCCGACACCGCUCGUUACUGCAGGAGGUGGACCGUGCAGACGCGAUACUGCAGACGCAUAUCCUGCGCGGCCCUCUAGGACUAGCCGCGCACUGGGAGGACGUCACAGAGACCAGAAAAUUCUUACAAAGUGCGCUGCAACGACUGUUGAUGGCUGAUCUCAAAUAUUGCCAAGCUGACAAUAUUGAACAUCAUUUUUGGAAGAUUUUAUAUUACAAUUUUAUAGAGGUGUUAAGGAAAAGUUUUUCGCAAGUUUCACCUGAUGAUAAAAUUAAAAUAGUAAAAUUGAUCAAUACUGUUAUUGAAGAAGGUAACAGUUUCUUCGAAAGUCUGGUGCAACAUUUAGAAAAAUGUUACAAAUUUAACACUGACGAUUAUAUUAAUGACAAUCAUGUGAUACCCCCCAAAGGGCUCGGUUAUGUUGGUUUAGCACUGAUCUCAGUUCAAAAGUUAUAUAUAUUCCUUGGAGACUUAGCGAGGUACAAGGAACAAGUUAACGAGACAAAUAACUUCGCUAAGAGUAAGUUUUGGUAUACGAAAGCACAACAGAUUAAUCCCAAAAAUGGAAGGCCUUACAAUCAAUUAGCAAUUCUAGCAAUUUAUGCUAGGAGGAAACUAGAUGCAGUAUAUUAUUAUAUGAGAAGUUUAAUGUCGUCGAAUCCAUUUCAUUCCGCACGUGAAAGUCUUCUGUCACUAUUCGAUGAAAACAGUAAAAAGUACGAAGCAGCGGAACGUAAGCGGCGGGCGGCGUUGGAAGGCGCCCGUAACGGUGAUUCUUCGGGGGAGGUGGUGCAGUGCAGGCGUGGCGGUCACGGGUUCAGACGCGAGGUGUGGGUGCGGCCCAGCGGCAGGAGGACCACCACCCUGCAGCAAGACACCGGGGACGAGCGCCUCGCCGCCAUGACCUCCGUGGAGUUAAAUAAAACCUUUAUAACUAGUUACCUGCAUGUACACGGAAAAUUAAUUACGAAAAUUGGUAUGGAAAGUUUCCACGAGUGCGCGUCGUCAAUGUUGCGUCAGUUCCGCGCCCUUUUGCACCGCCAGCCGUUACCUACGCCGGCCGCGCGCUUACUGCAACUUACGGCGCUCAAUAUGUUCGCCGUCGAAACCACCGCCGCUUCCCUGAAAGGUAGUAAGAGCGGUGACCGUUCGGCGUGGUUAGACUGCGCUUUGGGCGUAUCACUACUCAUGUUUGGGGCCCUCUUAGAGCGUUGUUGCGCGCUGUUACCGGAGCCGGCGCAUACGCAGCAGCACUCAGAUGCUUUGUUACUCUUGCCUGCUAUCAAGGUGUGGUCCGACUGGAUGUUAUGUCACAGUAGUAUAUGGAAUCCACCACCCUCAUUCGACAACUUCGUAAUAGAAUCCGAUAACGACCCAUGGGAUUGGCUUGCGAAACUUAUGAAUAUUUUAGAAACUCUUGACGACAAGACGAUUGAAUUAGAAAAUGAACCAAAAGAAGGAUACCUUGCUGUGCGUCUGGCGGAGGAUGCUACGCUGGGCGGAUUUACACCGCUCAUGUAUAUGGAGGCGGCAGUAGCUUGGGUCCGCAGCGAGCCCGCCGUGCCGCAUCAAUCUGCGGAACACGCGCUCCGCACAAGGAAACUGUUGUUUUUCGGCACGGAGUACUUGGUAGGCGUGGAGCCGCCAGUCCUCAGCCUGGAGUACCCGUCGGGCGCGCCGCCCCGCUACGUGAGCGCCGUGCAACGCGCCCAGCCGCUGCAUCAACCGCUGCAACACCUGAGUGAAGACUCUGAGGACGAAGAGAAUGCGAGCGGAACGGCCAGCGGACCGACCAGCCUAAGCGAGGGUCUGGAGUCCGGCCCGGAUGGCACGGACGAGGCCACCAGGAGGUUACUGCGGCGCAAGGAACAGCUCGAGUCCAGGAAGGCCACGUUGGAGAGGCGCCGGCAACGUAUGCAGGAGAUAUUACGAGGCGGAUGGGUGAGCGUCGAGGUGGAAGUGAGGCCGCGAUGGCUAGUUCCCGAUACAAACUGCUUCAUCGACCAUCUCGCACUGCUGCAGGCCGUCGCGAAUACGCCCGCGCAGCCGUACACGCUCGCAGUGCCCUUAGUCGUUAUGACUGAAUUGGAAGGCUUAAAGAAGUGCUCCCGUUUGGGGGUGAACGCGGCGACGGCGCUUGCGUGGGUGUCGAGCGGCGCGAGCGGCAGCGUUCGGCUCGCGACCGCUCGCGGCUCGCUGCUCGCGUCGCGCGCGUUCACCGCCGAGCGCGACAUGCCGCGCGCCUCCAACGAUGAUCGCGUGCUCGCCACUGCGCUAAGCUUACACGAAAACCUCGCUACGGAAAAUGAUGCACGUGCAGAUGAAUCUGAUCAGUCCAAUUGCGUACGACGCGUCCGUGAAGUCGUGCUUCUUACGGACGAUAGAAACCUACGCGUGAAGGCUUUAGCGGCAGAGAUGCCUGCCCGCGAUCUACCUUCAUUCGUUCAUUGGGCAGGCAUCACUCCCGACAACGAUACGAAUACUGCACAACCACCGGCAGCAGAUGAUAAAAGCGUACAUAACUGAGUAUACACAUUAAUCCAAACAUUUAUUAGUUCAUAACGUAUGAUAAAGUCAAAUGCAUGGCGACUUAAUUUAGCGGGGGAGAUAGUUAUAAAGUUUAAAAAUAGCGCUGUCAAGUGUAGCGGCCCGCAACGCAAAGCCCCGCGAUUGCGCGGCAACUUAGUAUAGGAAUUGAAUAGAUUAAGUGAAAUUAACACACCAAUUGGAAGUUACAAUGUUAAUAUCUUUUGUUAAGAGCCCUAGGUUUCAACAUUUGUGUUCACCGGGCU